CUCCAGUGGGUAGAACAGUGGGCACGUCAGGACCCUGCGAGUGAUGCAGGCUUACUAAGUCAACACAAUCAAGUGAAGUCUUAACUGUGCACCCUAGGAUGUGAUAGAUUUAAGUGUCGUAUGUUAACAAGAUUAAGGAUCCGAAUACUUAUUUAAGUGCCUCCUUGUGUAUAAGUGUAGGAUUAUAAAGCAGUAGGAUUGUCUUGGGGGGGAAAGCCUGACGAGGAAGUUUUGUGAGACAGCAGCAGCAACAACACAAACGUCAGGAUGGUGCUGAUCGUGGGCGAGCAGCUGGUGAAGGAGGUGCCGUCGAGUACGAGCGGCGUGUACAGCUCGUGGCCGCGGCUGAAGGAGACGGCCCACGCCCUGACCACCAUGCUCACGGAGGAGGUAGGGCCGAGGGGCCUCCUGUACCUGCGUCAGAGGGAGUACGCCGUCACGGUGCCCCACGACGAGAACCUCCUUAUCCUGGGCACCGACGACGCCACCACUUCUGUCAUGGCCGUCCUCAGACAUACUGGUGAGUACGGGUUCCUCCUGGCGUUGCCUCGGCGCCUGCGUUGGCCUUGCUGCCUCUCUGGGGUCUUUCUGCGGGCGUGA